GAGGCAGCGCUGAGCUGACUAAGCCCAGUCUGCCAACAUAUCCACAAAGAAGAAGAAGAAGAAGAAGAAGAAGAAUUGUGGGAUUGCAAUGGCUGCUCCCUUAUCUGUAAACAUAUGCGUUGUGUUUACGAAAACUGCAGUUUAAAUAUAUACUAGUCACUGCUACAGGUCCAUUGAUUCCUGGAAUACUUACCUACCCAUUAUUUGACUUCAUAUCUUAACCUGGAUGUGAAUUUUUCUGCAUUUUAGACCCUCAAAAACAAGCGGCAUUGUCCCGCAGUUUGCCGCCCGGCCUUCCUAGGAUAGAAGCGGAUAGCUUGCAAGCUAGCUGCUCUAUCUGAGAUAAUGGAUGACGAUGUGUCCAUGCACAGGCUGGAAGGGUCUGAUCCCGAUGAUCAAGUUGGAGGACUGAUCGUAAAGAAAAAGAGUGCUGCUGAAGAGGCCCAUGUUUUUCGGGCUCCCACUCCACGCACGUCCCUGCUGGGCUUGGAUCUGCUAGCAGCUCAGAAAAGGAAGGAGCGAGAGAGUAAAGAACAAGCAGACGCUAUUGCAGAUGAACGAAAUAGCAAGAAGUCAAAGGUUACCUCCUACAAGGACUGGGAGGAAGGUAAAAGUGACUCUGGGUCUGAUGAAGAAGAAGAAGAAGAUGAUAAGGACAGUGGUGUUAAAAACAAAGAGAGCAGGAAGUAUCGUGUUACUGGCUCGGAGACGCCCUCAAAUCCCGGAGGGGUCAGCGAGGAGUUCAAACGCAGACACCAGCAGCGAGAGAAAGACAGACGUGAGCACGGGGUCUACACCACCUCCAACGAGGACAAGAACAGAGAAAGGGAAAAAGAGAGGAGCAGAGAUAAGGGGAGAGACCGAAGGAGUGAAAGAGGGGAGCGAGAGGGCAGCCGCGGCAGCAGCAGCAGCGGCCGGUCGGAGCGCGGUGAUCGGAGCGAGCGCUCACAGAGGGAGGGCUGGUCUGAUCGCAUCAGCCGGGGGAGUAAGAGAGAAGAGCCGUCAUCGCCACAGAACCGCCCCAGAGAUUCCUUCACACCCUCACGAUCGAACUGGGAGGAGGAUGAUAGCGGUUAUUCCAGUUCACGGCAUUCCCAGUGGGAGUCUCCGUCCCCCGCCCCGUCUAACAGAGAGAUGGACCGCUCGGAGAGAAGCCAUCGCUCCGUCCGAGAGAGUGAGAGGAGAGACAGGUGA